AUGAUUUCUCACAGUGAAAUCCUGGGGAUCAUUUAUGUGAUUAUAUUCAUAAGUGGAAUCCUAGGGAAUAGUCUCCUCCUUUAUUUGUACAGCAUCAAUUUCAGCUCUGAUGAUAGAAGAAGAUCAUUCAAGUUAAUUGUCAUCCAUUUGGCAUUUGCCAACACUAUGAUGCUUCUCUUCAGAGGAAUUCCCAAGGUCAUAGAGAUUUGGGGAUGGAAAAAUUUCCUGAAUGACAUUGGGUGUAAGCUAAUAACUUACCUGCAGAGAGUAUCCCGAGGCCUUUCACUCUGCAGCACAAGUUUGCUGAGUGUCUUUCAAGUGACUUCUAUCAGUCCCAGAAGCCCCAGGUGGGCAGAGCUCAAAGCCAGAUCUCCCAAAUGUGUCUUACCCUGUUGUUUCUUCUGUUGGAUUCUCAAUCUAUUAAUAGAUGUGUUUGUGCCCUUAUAUGUCACUGGUCCAAAUAAUAGCACAAAUAAAGGGAGAAGGGAUUUGGGAUACUGUUUUAUAGACAAUUAUGCUAUGAGCCCUUUAAAAGUUAAUAUCUGGAAAUCUCUCUAUGAUGGUUUAUUUUUGAUCAUCAUGGCUUGUAGCAGUGUCUACAUGGUAGCUUUUCUAUAUAGACACCGAGAGCAAGUUGAGUAUAUUUACAAGACUAGCCUCUUACCCAAAGUUUCCUCUGAGAUCAGAGCCACCAAAGCCAUCCUGUUAUUGAUGAGCACCUUUUUCUGCUUUAACACAAUCAGUGGUCCGUUUAUUCUUUACGUGCAACAUUUUAAUGGAAGCAGUUAUUGGGCAGACCAUGUCACUCUAUUUAUGUCUAUAUCUUUUCAAUCAAUCAGCCCAUUUGUGAUGAUCAAUAGUGACACCCAAAUUCAUAAGUCCUGCCUUGUCAUCUAA